CAGCCACUCGUUCAGCGCGCGCGCAUCCAGCCCUCCGGGAUUAAUCACUCCUUGUCUUUUUGACCGCCACAAUGUCUGACAACAGUGUCAUCGGCUGCAUUCCCAUGCGUAACGGCAACGAGGAGCCCUGCGUUGUCAUGAACACUGAGGAGCCUUGCGUCGUUAUGCGUACCGAGAAGAAGGGCCGCAAGGUCAACAUGAUGCUGAUGGCCGCUGCCAUCUCUGCCCUCAGCGUUACCGGUGCCAACGCUCAGAUGGGUUAUGGCAGCGCGGGUGCCGUAGCUGCCUCCAGCUCUAGCGCCUCGGCUUGCAUUCCCAUUACUAUCACUGUCACGCCUUCGGUCAGCGCCGCUGCCGAUCAGACCACUGGCGAAGUCGAUGGGGUUCAGGGCAGCGCCUCUACCAGCGAGCCCAUGACUUACAUCACCAAGACUGCCGUUGCCACGUUGACCCAUACCACUACCUUCGUGAAGGCUACCCAGCCCGCCGGAAACCUGACGACCACUGCCACUCAGUACAAUGGCACCGCCACUAAGACAGCCAUCGCCAUGACCGGCACCGGCACUGGUGUUUCUUCUUGGGCCACCGGACCCUCCCACUCUGCGGCCAAUGGUACUUAUGCCUCUCCGACCGCCACUGCUGACCAUCCCCAGCACGCCGGCGCUGCGACCUCUUCCAGCGUCAGCUACACUCAUCUUGCGGUGGCUCUGAUUGCCUCUGCCGCCCUGGGUGCUGUCUUCGGCGCCUAAUUGACCUUUCAGGUUAUAGUAUCGCCGUCACACCCUAGGAUUUUGAGUGUCUCUCUCUUUCGAAAAGACAUUUCUUCUGUCUCGGUUGGAGUUUGGCUGGUUUGUUUUGGGCUUUCUCCUAACUGGAUCACUCGGUGUUUGGGAAGGAACAUGCCGG